CCGGCACCUCGAAAAACGCACGAAAUAAAUAUAAAAUAAACCCAACAUCGUUGAGGUGUAUGGCCCCAAGGCAAGGCAAACAAACAGACCCGAAAAAGAAAAGAAGAGGAAAACGAGAGGCAGAAGCGAAAGGAGAGGAACAGGGUAAAACGAAGCAGAAAGAUGCCAAAAUGCUGGACAGAGAUUGAUGCUGGCUGCCAACGAACAGGGACAACAACAAAAGCACCAACAACGCCAGCAGCUACGACGCCAACUAAUACAAUAACAAUAAUAGCGACAAAACAACAACAAUAGCCAGCAGUGACAACCGCCAAGUGUGAGCAGACAAGCGACAGCGAUUGAGAUAUAUUGAUUCCGCCAAAAUCACCUCGAUUAAGUCAUGAACGCACUCGAUAUGAAUAAACAAUUUCUGAGCGUCUCGCAGGACCAUCAGCAUCAGCUUCAGACCUCGGCGACGGAUCAGCGAAGUCGCUCAAGAUCGGAGCGUGCCUCGAGCCUGGCCCUGCCCCUUAACUCCCUGCUGGACUUCUAUGACAAGCAGCAGGAGCAAUGCAAGUCGGUCACCCUGCUGCCACUGCCCAGCAACAGCAGCAGCAGCAGCAACAUCGUGCGACGCCACUCAUCCCACUAUUAUCCCAUGCUCGAGGACAAGCAGAAGCCGUCGCAGUUGCCACCGGCAGCCACCGAAAUGCUUGUAAACAUGACGGAGCAGAAAUAUGGCAAGUCAGCGCCUCUGGGGGCAGGCGUCGGCAUCGGGAACCGGCAGUAUCCACAGCAGCAGCAGCAACAGCAGCUGGUGCGGGUGGACACACCAGUGACGCCACCGCCACCCAUUCCCCGGCGCCUGCUGCGAGGCAAAUCCGCCUGGCAGACGAAUAGUCCCAAUCCCAGCUCGGUGGGGAGUGGCGGCGGGCAGGAGGGCAUUGGUGCCCACGGCAUUGGCACGGUGUUUGUUUAUCCGCAGCCAACAAACGUGACCACCACCGAGGCAGUGGCGCCACUCGGUUCGGCCGCAGGAGCGGGACAGGGAGCAGCCGGUCUGCAAUCAGCGCUGCUUGUUGACAUUGCCUCACGUCCGGCGCAAGGCUAUGCGGAUGCCGAUGGCAUUUCCGAUGACGACCGCAUGAGUCUGGAGAACUCCGUGUUCGACGAGUCGCUAACCUCUACGCCGGUCAAGGUUGCCGGCUACCAUGCCGGCCGCUACUCCGCCAUGGGCCACAUGGCCAAGCGGGCGCAGCGCUCCUCCAGCAGCACAGUGGACUCUGCCUAUGGCUCCUCGCUGGGCGGGCACAGUGAGCGCUUUGCCAGCAGCUCGACGAGCGUGGACUUCCGCAGUCGCUUCUCCUCAGUGGACACUCAAUCCUCGCUGGACGAGAAGCCUCUCUCCGGCUCCAUUGAUUCCCCCUUGGCAAGGGACCCCAGAGAUGCCUACCGAGAGCGAGGGGCGCUUAACGAUGCCAUGCACAAGCUGAACAAUAACAACAACAGCCUCGGAUUGGCCCUAUACCCGGCCAGCAACAACAACAACAGCAGCAGCAGCAUCAGCGGAUCAGCGGAGGGUGUCAAGCUGCCGGUGGUGCCCGCCAGGAAGCAACCACCGCCAUCCGCCAAAGGGAAUUCCAACAGCAACAAUUCGGUGGGGGAAAGUCAGUCACAGACGCAGUCACAAUCCUCCAAGGAGACCGGCAGCGUCUCGGCCUCGGCCUCCACCUCGUCCGCCGCCUCGGCAGGAUCUAGCACCAUAUCCAGCGGCACCAUGUCCUCCAUGUCGGGGCCAUCGCCGAUUGUGCCCUCUGCCGAUGCCGCCAAUCCCAAACGUCCAGGGCCACCGGAACCACCGUUGCGGCAGGCCAAUGUCUUUGAUCCCAUGGAGAUGAGUGCGCGGGGUCAUCCGCCGCCUCCGUUGACCGUUAGGAAUAAACUGGGACGCACCAAGCCGCCUCCCAUUGCGUAUCCCCGGAUGCAGCAGCGCCAGGACUCCACUCUGUCCAGCGAUAGCUACUCGAUCAGCUCCAGUCCGGGUUACAACUCUAAGCUGAUGGAGGCACCGCUGCUGGGCUCCACAUCGCAGGUGGGACGGAAGCCUAAUGCGCCUGGCACCGCUCAGCGGCAGACGCCACUGAUGGACUUGGCGCCAACGCGCUUCCUGAACGGAGGCGGGAAGCCGGCGCCCGCUAUGCCACCGCCAAGGGGAAAGAUCAACUACCGUCAGGACUCGACCAUCUCCAGCGACAGUUUCAGUCAGUCGUCCAGUCCGGGUUACAAUCCCAAGCUCAUGGAGGCACCGCUCCUGCCAUCUCUAUCCGCCAAGCGACUGUGCAGCACUCCAGCUCCAAUUGUCUGCCGACAGCAUGAACCCAUUGAGGAACUGGAGCCGCCGCAGACCAUCUCGCCGCUGCACAAGGCUGGUGGUCCGCCCAGCAGCCUCCAAACCAUUGUCCGCUUUCAGAACGGAGCUCCGCACACCAUGUCCUUGCAGCAUCAGAUCAUAAACCGACGCAAGAGCUCCAAUCCGUACAUCACCAACGGCCGCCUGAAGUUCCGCCUCUUCCAGAUCCUGAUCAACGCCUUCGCCCUGCUGGCCAUUGCCGGUGGCCUUGCCGCCUACUUCAAUGCCUAUCCAACGAUCAAGUUCGUGAACAAGACGAUCAUCAAUACCAUCCAUGUGGAGGACACGACCAGUUUCGGCAAGAACCCGGCUCCCGGCACCUGUCUACCCAUCAUUGUGCGCUUCUGUCAGGGUCCCCAGAUCCCGUAUAACUACACCGUGUUCCCGAACUACAUAGGGCACUUUGGACAGCUGGAGACCCAAACGGAUCUGGACUCCUACGAGGCAUUGGUGGAUGUGAGAUGCUACGAGCUGGUGUCCUUGUUCCUAUGCACACUGUUCGUUCCCAAGUGCGGUCAGAGCGGAGCCACAGUGCCACCCUGUAAGACUCUCUGCACGGAGACCAUGCGCCGCUGCGGCUUCUUCUUCGAUGUCUUUGGACUCAGUUUGCCUGAAUAUCUGAAUUGCAAGCUCUUCAAGGAUUUCCCCAGUUCGGAGGACUGUGUGGGCCUGGAGGAGGUACGCGACGUCAUGAUAGCCGCCUCGAAUCCCAAGUGUGAGGGCUUCCAGUGCGAUCAGAACCGCUGCCUGCCGCAGGAGUAUGUUUGCGAUGGCCACCUCGACUGCAUGGAUCAAGCGGAUGAGGCCAGCUGCGAGCGUUGCGGUCCGGAUGAGAUCUACUGUGGGGACAGCCAGUGCAUUGGAACCAAACACAUUUGUGAUGGCAUCAUCGAUUGUCCCUAUGGCCAGGAUGAGCGCAAUUGCUUGAGACUAAGUGAACGGAAUGGCGAUGUCGGCACUGGGGUCUUGGAGGUCUACCGUAUUGGUCAGCGUCAAUGGAUGCCCGCUUGUGUGAAGAACUGGGAUCGGGCAGUCUCCCCCAGUGCCGUGUGCUCCAUACUGGGCUACUCCGCAGUCAAUGCCACUAGUGUGCUGACACAACGCACCCAUCGACCGUUGCUGGCCUCGGUGAACGUCUCCACCGAUAUUUGGAAGAUGUAUGCCAAGAGGCGCUCCACCCUGAUGCAGGAAUUUGCCAACUGCAAGAAGACCGAGGACUAUCCCAUGGCUGAGCUCACUUGUUCCAAUUACGGUAAGGAAUUCGAAUUUAAGGGUAUCCCAACUUUAGUGCUGAACAUUCCAUAUAUAUUAGAAUGCGGUCGCGUUAAGCGGGGCAGGCACAAGCCCUCCAGACGCAUCAUUGGCGGCACCCAGGCUAAUCCCGGUAACUGGCCCUUCCUGGCCGCCAUUCUGGGCGGUCCGGAAAAGGUUUUCUACUGCGCUGGGGUCCUUAUAUCGGAUCAAUGGGUACUCACAGCUUCCCAUUGCGUUGGCAACUAUACGGUCAUAGAUCUAGAGGACUGGACAAUUCAGCUGGGCGUAACGCGUCGCAACUCUUUUACUUACACAGGUCAAAAGGUUAAGGUCAAGGCGGUGAUUCCCCAUCCACAGUACAACAUGGCCAUUGCCCACGACAACGACAUAGCCCUGUUCCAGCUGGCAACGCGUGUGGCUUUCCACGAACACCUGUUGCCUGUGUGCCUGCCGCCUCCAAAUGUGAGGAGUCUGCAUCCCGGCACCCUGUGCACGGUUAUUGGUUGGGGAAAACGGGAGGACAAGGAUCCCAAGUCCACGUACGAGUUUAUAGUGAAUGAGGUGCAGGUGCCCAUCAUUACACGCAACCAGUGCGACGAGUGGCUGGACAACCUGACCGUUUCCGAGGGCAUGGUUUGCGCAGGCUUUGAUGACGGGGGCAAGGAUGCAUGCCAGGGCGACUCGGGUGGCCCACUCCUGUGUCCUUAUCCGGGGGAGAAGGAUCGCUGGUUUGUCGGGGGCAUCGUGUCCUGGGGCAUAAUGUGUGCGCAUCCACGGCUGCCCGGUGUGUAUGCCAAUGUGGUGCAGUACGUGCCCUGGAUACAGGAGCAGAUGGCGAAGCAUACACGUCCCAUAAACGAGGAUCGGGUGAACAAGUAUGAUCUGCAUCCUGGAGGACCUGACAUGCUGUCGAAAAUAUCAACGGAUCCGAUGCGAGUGGGUAAACCCUAUUAUUACUCACACAAGAACUAGGCCUGACUAUGGCCACCAGGAGGAAGAGACAACUAGCAUAUCCAUGGAACGAAUGCACAAAACAAACACACACAGAACCGAUGAAUCCUGUAGGAUACAUACAUAUAUUUUGCUACUGAACUUAGGGUAUUAGCGCCAUGCCGCUAACACCGAUUUUGGGCAACAUAAUCAUGUGUCAAUUUGCCGAAUUUAUUUGUCAAUUUUUUUACAAAGAGAUUUCUAUGAACCCCUAAAGGAGACCCAAGGAAGACCCGUCAAGGGUGCCCCUAAAUGUCAAUACAUAUUGCAUACGCGAUUUACGUAUAUAUAUAUACACCUAAAACGAAGAUAACCGAUAUACAUAUACCCGAUAUAUAACCCAUUGGUAAUUGUGUCUAAAUAUUCCCAACCCGAAACCCUGGACAAUAAUUCCAUUUUGUAGAUGAAUUUUGUGUUGAGAUGAAACCUAUUUUAAGCUAAGGGAAAUUACUAUAAAGAAACUAUGUUUGCCGAUAAACAAAAUCAAAAAAGAUAAAUAUCUAAGAAGAUAUAUAGUAGGAUCACAGCUAUUGAGUGUUGACAAAUACUAAACAGGAAAUAAUCAAGUAAAUCGUAGGAAAUACAUAUGUAACUAUAACUAAACUAAAGACAAACCAAAAAGAAAAACAAGGAAAAAUUGCUGAUCUUGGCAUUUGAUGGACGUAGUAGCAGUGUUAGCUCUUCUCCAACUAUGACAAAAUAGAAAUCUAUCCAACAGAACUAGGUGCAGUUGACAAUAAUGGGAAAUGCACAAUAUGCUAGUAAAGGCAUUUAGCGAUUAAGUAAUGAAAAUACUAACUACAAUGCGUGGGUUUCAGCUUUAAAGAACACUAAAACGAAGAGGGAGAGUACAGGAGCAUUAGGAGAAGGAGGAGGCAUACUUAUAUACAUAUAGCUUACGAUGAGAACUACAGAAGGUAUACACGCUUCGAUAGUGAAUAUGUCAAUGUAACUUAAUAUUUAGAACUAUUUACACGCCAACGCCAGCCCCAAGCCCCCUUCCUCACUUAGACUGGAUGCUUUAGCCGAAGCUCGAAGUUAUAGUUGUCCCGAUUUCGAUCCCCAAUCAUCCGCAAUGCGAUCCCCAUCCCUUGGAGCAAAUGUCACAGCAAAUACAGAAGGGAAUCGCAGGGUUAUAUAUGUAAAAUACGCGUAACUAAAGACUCAAAAUUGGUUGUUUCAGCACAAAGAACACACACUCACUCACACAUUAUAUUGAGCUUUGCAACGUGUAUAGCUUGGAUAUUGUUUGUUCAAACUGAAGGAGGAGCAGCUCGAGCUCGACUUAUCAUUUUUGUAGCUAAAACCUGUUGUUGAGAUGCUUUAGACACGAGAUUGCAAAAUGUAUAACCGAUCAGUACUAAAUGUAGUUGGACAUAUUAUGCCUACCUACAUAUAUACAUAUAUGUAUAUAAAAUAUACAUAUGUAUAUAUACAUAUAUGCAUGUUUUGUACAAUCAGUUUACAAGUGGAAAACGAAAACGAAAAAGAUAAAGAUAUAGAUAAAGUAUUACUAGUCUUAAUCGGGGGUCAAAUGAAGCGCAUAUUACACAAGGCACACGAUGUUUUGGGCGAAAAAGGGGACAUGAACACAAAUCAAUAUGUAACUGAAAUAUAUAUACAAGAAAUAUACAUAUAACGGAUACAUACAUAUAUUCUAUAUAUAUAUUGUAGCGAUAGCUUGUAAGCAGAUGUGAUGGUGUCUAAAUUUAUACAUGCAUAUAUAUAUAUAUUACCAAAGCCACAGGAGGGAAAGCCUAGUUUAUACGCCAGGACAAUACAUAAUUACAUAUAUAGAGAGACAUAUAUACCCAUAUCAGAGACAUUAUGCUUACUUCGAUAUUGUGCAUUGCAUGUAACAGUGUGGCCUGGGAAUCCCCAAGAAUCCCACGGCCAAAUCUUGAGUAACUCGAUAUCUUUUGUGUUCUUGAACUCUGGCAGAGAAUCCUUAGCUGUUGCCUUGGCCAGUAAGCCGCACUUACUCCCCUUCAUCCUUUCAGUUUUCUGGAGCUCACGCUCCUCCUUGUGCAUUUACGAUCACAAACGGAUCACGGAUCACGGCGAGCUAUUUUUAUACACCCAAGCUCCAGGCUACUAUCAAAACGCUUAGCUUUAUGUACAUUUAGUCUAAAAAUCGAACACAACCCAUAUAUAUAUAUACAUAUACUAUAUACCAUAUAUUAUACAUGUACAUUGUAGAUGUAAAAUGCUUAGCAUUGGCGAGUGGAGUGAGUGAAAUAAUUUACACGUGGCAUGGAUAGCAGAAUAGAUAAAUACUAGGUACUAAACCGCAUACGCAUACAAUCAGCACGCUCCAUCCUAGUUGAAUUGCAGAAGGAUUAGGAUUCGAUUCAGUUCCGCAUGCUCCAUGUGCUUGGGAGGACACAACAUACAUACAUAUGUAUAUGUAUGUACGUACACACGAUCUAAACCAAAACUACGGCGCAACCAAAGAAACUAAGAAAUCGUAGCGAAACGUUAUGUGUAAAUGUAGCAAAUCCAAAAAAAAACAUAAAACAAAAAACGCUAAACCAAAAGCUGAUUAAAAAACUAGUUGAAUUUUCAUUUGUGUGUCGAGACCACAAUGAUGUAUCAGAAAUACAAACAUAUAUAUAAAUGUUUAAAGAUGACCUACGCGAUGAGAAAGCACUUGUUAUUUAUGCACAGACGGGGAACUUUGUGAAGAAUUUACAAGAUACAAGAUACCAGAUCAAACCUUUGACAAUAAAAUAACUGAAUU